AUGGACCUAAGCCGGUUCCGUUCAACAAAAUUCUCCAAGGACCCUGCCACGACGAGCGACAGCGCCAGUCACGAUGUCUCGCCUGAGAGACAGCCGAGCGGGUGGUCGCUGCGCAAGAAGCUGAUUUUUGCGGCGGCAGUCACGGCGGCAGCUGUCAUCGCUGUUGUCAUCGGCGCUGUUGUCGGCGUCAAGGUCAACCGGUACCCGGACUAUACGCCGCUGAACUACCGGCUGGUCGAUACGUAUCAGGGGAAGUCUUUCUUUGAUAAGUUUGAUUAUUUUUCUGCCGAGGAUCCUACCCACGGGUUUGUUGUCUACGUCGACUCGAUAACCGCACAGGAUUUCAACCUGACGCACGCCAGCGACAGCUCCGCGGUACUGCGCGUGGACGCAUCAACCCCCAACGCAAUCGUGGGCCGCAACUCCGUGCGCAUCGAGUCCAAGGCAACGUACGACACGGGCCUGUUCAUGUUCGACAUCGUGCACACGCCGUACGGGUGCGGUACCUGGCCCGCGCUCUGGCUCACAGACGGCUACAACUGGCCGGAGAACGGCGAGAUCGACGUGCUGGAAUCGACCAACGGCGGCAGCCACGGCAACGAAAUCACGCUGCACUCGACCGACGGCUGCAACAUGGAUGUCAAGCGCAAGCUGACGGGCGAGGCCGUGUUCCAGUCGUGCGACAACUCCACGCACGGCAACGCCGGCUGCGGCGUUAUCGGCCAUCCGACCACGUACGGCGAGGCCAUGAACGCCAAUGGCGGCGGCGUCUAUGCGCUUGAGCUCCGCGCUGCGGGUGUGCGGGCGUGGUUCUUCCCGCGCGACGCUCUCCCGGCCGAUAUUGCCAGCGAGGACCGCAUCCCGGAUCCCUCGUCUUGGGGUACGGCGCUGGCCGAUUUCCCGAGCACCAAGUGUGAUAUCGGCUCGCACUUCCGCAACCAGAGCAUCAUCGCCAAUAUCGCUCUGUGUGGUGAGCUCGCCGCUUUGCCACAGUACUAUGAUCACAUGUACAAUUGCCCGGCGACCUGUCCCGAAUUUGUCGCUGAGAAUCCCGAUGCCUUUGAGGAGGCCUAUUGGGAGUUUAGGAGCUUCAAGGUGUACCAGGCUACUUGA